AUGCUGGAAAUCAUCUUUGCUGUGCUGACUCUGGCAACUGCAGCCCUUGGCUGUGGGGUUCCUGCCUACCCCCCUGCUGUGUCUAGAGUGGUUGGAGGAGAAGAUGUAAGACCGUACAGCUGGCCAUGGCAGGCCUCCCUCCAAUACCGUUCAAGCGGCAGUUGGUAUCAUACCUGUGGAGGAACCCUCAUCGCCAGCAACUGGGUGUUGACGGCAGCACAUUGCAUCAGCUCUUCCAGAACGUAUCGAGUAUAUCUUGGAAAAUACAACCUAGGCGUGGAGGAAGAAGGAUCAAUCGCAAUUUCGCCAGAAAAAAUCAUUGUUCAUGAGAAAUGGAAUGCAAAUAGACUUGCAAAUGGGUACGACAUUGCUUUGAUCAAACUUGCUGAACCCGUCACCUUUAGCGACCAAAUUCAGCCUGCCUGCCUCCCUCCUGACCAAAGCAUCCUCGCAUCCGACACUGCCUGCUAUGUGACUGGAUGGGGAAGGCUGCAGACCAAUGGAGCUCUUCCAGACAUCCUGCAACAAGCUCUUUUGCUGGUGGUGGAUUAUGCAACUUGUUCCCAGAGUAGCUGGUGGGGAAGCUCGGUGAAAACCAACAUGGUUUGCGCUGGUGGGGACGGCAUCACCUCCAGUUGCAAUGGGGACUCUGGUGGCCCGCUGAACUGCCAAGCUGCUGAUGGCACGUGGGAAGUGCACGGCAUCGUCAGCUUCGGCUCUUCUCUGGGCUGCAAUUAUUACCGCAAACCGUCUGUCUUCACUCGGGUCUCCGAAUUCAACAGCUGGAUCCAGGAGGUAAUAGAUAACAACUAA